AUGGAUUUCAAAGUUGGUUCUCUUGAUACAUGCAACCCUAUAACUGGAGUAGUGAGUUGUUUAGCUACAAAUCAUGUAUCAACCAUCAAAAGCAUAACACCACCAUUACGUUCAGCUGAAUGCACAUUAGGAAGAUAUUUAGCAAGACGUUUAGUACAAAUUAGCGUGAGUGAUGUAUUCGCAGUACCUGGUGAUUUUAAUCUGACAUUACUUGAUGAUCUUAUUGCUGAACCUGGAUUGAAAUUAGUUGGCUGUUGUAAUGAGCUUAAUGCUGGUUAUGCUGCUGAUGGUUAUGCCAGAUCACGUGGUGUUGGUGCCUGUGCUGUUACUUUUACUGUUGGUGGGUUAAGUAUUUUAAACGCCAUUGCUGGUUCUUAUAGUGAGAAUUUGCCUAUUAUCUGUAUUGUGGGUGGUCCUAAUUCUAAUGAUUAUGGUACUAAUCAUAUCUUACAUCAUACUAUUGGUUUGCCUGAUUUUAGUCAAGAACUUCGUUGUUUCCAGACCAUCACUUGUUAUCAGGCGGUUGUUAACAUCUUGGAAGAUGCACAUGAAAAAAUCGAUACUGCGAUUUCGACAGCUUUGAAAGAAAGCAAACCUGUUUAUAUCAGUAUCAGUUGCAAUUUGUCUGCCAUAUCACAUCCUAUGUUCAGUCAAGAUCCUAUUCCAUUCUUCUUAGCACCCAAGAUGAGUAAUAGUACUGGUCUGGAAGCAGCAGUGGAUGCUGCAGCAGAGUUCUUGAAUAAGGCAGUAAAGCCAGUGAUGGUGGCUGGGCCAAAACUUAGGGUUGCCAAGGCUUGCAAUGCGUUUCUUGAAGUAGCAGAUGCCUGUGGUUAUGCAGUUGCAGUGAUGCCAUCAGCGAAAGGACUAAUGAAGGAGACCCAUCCACAUUUCAUUGGGACUUACUGGGGUGCAGUAAGCACUGCUUUCUGUGCUGAACUUGUAGAAUCAGCUGAUGCUUACAUUUUUGCUGGACCAAUUUUUAAUGACUAUAGCUCCGUGGGGUACUCCCUACUUAUCAAGAAGGAGAAGGCGAUUAUCGUGGAACCCGAUCGGGUUGUGAUUGCUAAUGGGCUUGCCUUUGGAUGUGUUUUGAUGAAGGAAUUCUUACCAGCACUCGCUAGGAAACUUAAGAAAAAUACAACUGCAUAUGAUAAUUACCACAGGAUUUAUGUCCCAGAAGGUCUUCCUCGUCAGAGUUACCCAAAAGAGAAAUUGAGGGUAAAUAUAUUGUUCAAACACAUUCAAAAUAUGAUAUCCGGUGACAAUACUAUGAUUGCUGAAACGGGUGAUUCCUGGUUUAACUGCCAGAAACUGAAAUUACCCGAAGGGUGCGGGUAUGAAUUCCAAAUGCAGUAUGGGUCCAUUGGUUGGUCAGUUGGUGCAACACUUGGAUAUGCACAGGCUGCAAAGGAUAAGCGAGUGAUUGCUUGUAUUGGUGAUGGAAGUUUCCAGGUAACUGCACAAGAUAUAUCAACAAUGUUGAGGUGUGAGCAGAACCCCAUCAUCUUUCUGAUAAAUAAUGGUGGCUACACCAUCGAAGUGGAGAUCCAUGACGGACCUUACAAUGUGAUCAAAAACUGGAACUACACUGCGCUUGUUGAUGCUAUUCAUAACGGCGAUGGAAAUUGCUGGACUGCCAAGGUUCAAUGCGAGGAAGAUCUGGUGGAAGCUAUUGAGACUGCAACUGAAGUUAAGAAGGAUUGCUUGUGUUUCAUUGAGAUUAUAGUUCACAAGGAUGAUACAAGCAAAGAAUUGCUGGAAUGGGGUUCAAGGGUUUCUUCUGCAAACAGUCGUCCACCAAAUCCUAAGUAAACACAUUCCAGGCUUAUUGCUUGCACCAUUUUAUCAAAAAAAAGAAAGAAAAAAAAAAUGCUUGCACCAUUAAGUAAUAGCUCAGUGUUCGC